CUGUUUGUUUCACGGACGAGGAGUGGGCGUUGCUGGAUCCUGACCAGAGAGCUCUGCAUAAGGACGUCAUGAAGGAGAAUUGUGGGAUAUUGGCCUCUCUUGGAUUGGGCUGGUGUGAACUUCCCAGGCCAUCUUCUGUGUCAGCUUCAACCUUCCACAAUUUUGACCACUACUAUAUAUCAGACAAAACAACAUUCAACAAGUCUUCAGAAUCUAAUAAUAAAUAUGUUGAUAAAAUGACAAACAACACAGAUUCUGAUGAAUUGGAAAUUGAGAACAAAGGUGACCACGAUAAAAUCCCCAGGGAGGAGAAGCCACGUAAAAAUUUGGAGUGUGAAGAAAGCUGCAGUCAGAGCUCCCAUUCCACUUGCCAUCAACAAAAUCUCAUUGGAAAGAAACUCUAUCAGUGCAUGGAAUGUGGAAAAAGCUUCAGGAAGAGCUCCGAUCUCACUUCCCAUCAAAGAAUUCAUACAGGGGAGAAACCCUAUCAGUGCGUGGAAUGUGGAAAGAGCUUCAGGAAGAGCUCCCAUCUCACUUCCCAUCAAAGAAUUCAUACAGGGGAAAAACCCUAUCAGUGUGUGGAAUGUGGAAAGAGCUUCACAGAUAGUUCCGCUCUCAUUUCCCAUAAAAGAAUUCAUACAGGGGAGAAACCCUAUCAGUGUGUAGAAUGUGGAAAGAGCUUCAGUCAGAGCUCCUCUCUCACUUUCCAUCAAAGAAUUCAUACAGGGGAGAAACCAUAUCAGUGUGUGGAAUGUGGAAAGAACUUCAGGAAGAGUUCCAAUCUCACUAAGCAUCAGAGAAUUCAUACAGGGGAGAAACCCUAUCAGUGUGUCAAAUGUGGAAAGAGCUUCACUGAAAGCUCCUCUCUCACUUCCCAUCAAAGAAUUCAUACAGGGGAGAAACCCUAUCAGUGUGUGGAAUGUGGAAAGAGCUUCACUCACAACCACAGUCUCACUUUCCAUCAAACAAUUCAUACAGGGGAGAAACCCUAUCAGUGCGUGGAAUGUGGAAAGAGCUUCAGGAAGAGCUCCUCUCUUACUUCCCAUCAAAGAAUUCAUACAGGGGAGAAACCCUAUCAGUGUGUGGAAUGUGGAAAGAGCUUCACUCACAGCCACAGUCUCACUUUCCAUCAAACAAUUCAUACAGGGGAGAAACCCUAUCAGUGCGUGGAAUGUGGAAAGAGCUUCAGGAAGAGCUCCUCCCUUACUUCCCAUCAAAGAAUUCAUACAGGGGAAAAACCCUAUCAGUGCGUGGAAUGUGGAAAGAGCUUCAGAAAUAGCUCCUCUCUCACUUCCCAUCAAAGAAUUCAUACAGGGGAGAAACCCUAUCAGUGUGAGGAAUGUGGAAAGAGCUUCACAUGUAGCUCCUCUCUCACUUCCCAUCACAGAAUUCAUACAGGGGAGAAACCCUAUCAGUGCGUAGAAUGUGGAAAGAGCUUCAGUCAGAGCCAAAAUCUCACUUCCCAUCAAAGAAUUCAUACAGGGGAGAAACCCUAUCAGUGUGUGGAAUGUGGAAAGAGCUUCAGUCAGAUUGCCAAUCUUACUUCCCAUCAAAGAAUCCAUACAAUGGUCGGAAAAACCAUUAUACAGCUUUAUGAGCCAGGCAAAUCUGCACCUUUUUAACCAGGCUUUUGACUGAUUGACAUCUAAUUCCCUUUUAAUAUGUGGUGUUUCGGGUUGUUGUUUUUUUAUUUUGUAACCAUCCUGAGACCUGUGGGUGUAGGGAAUAGGCGCCAACUCUUAAAGGCCUAGGGGUCUUUGCCCCACCCCCAAUAAAAUAUUUAAGGAGGCCACCUCCCAGUUUUUGGUAUGUUUUUUUCAAACACAACCUUUUAUUCUUCUGCAACUUGCCAUACAAUUUCUCUUUCAAUUUGCCCUCUUAAAAAAAUAAAAAAAAUAAACGCACAAAGGUCAUGAGGAAAACAAAAUACAAGAAGAUACAAACAUGGUCAGGUCCCAACUUUGCGGGCAAAAUGUAAAAGUUGCUUUGAAGGAGGCUUUCCCAAACUUGGGUCCCCAGCAGCUCCCGGACUGCAGUUUCCAUCAUCCCUCCCCAUUGGUUCUGCUAGCUAGGGAUGAUGGGAGUUGUAGUCCAAAACCAGCUGGAGACCCAAGUUUGCUUUAAAGGGAAAGUAGGCUGGCCUUGUGACACCCUCUGCUGGCCAAAAGCACUGCCCCAGAAUCUGAACCACCCCCAGGACUGCUAAUUGGAAUUAAUAGAGCGCAAAACUGAAGUUUGAUCGGCACUUCAACCUCUAGGGAGCUUCUAGGUGCUUUCUGCACCACCUAGAGUACCCACAGAAUUGUGGCUUCUCCUGGCAAUACACAUAUAAGAAAACAAAUGAAAAGCAAACACAAGGGGCAGGGAAAAAUCUGGAAAGGGCCAUACCAAAUGGAAAUCCGUUGUGAAGAGGUCACUUUCCCCACUGCUGAACAAUGCCACAGGUAGAGGAGAUGGAAUGCUAGAAGUGUCUCCGGGGCAAGGGGAGCUGCUGGGAAAUUGAACUACGGGCUCAAAAUAUUACUUUUUUAAAAAGUUGCUGCCAUUAUAGGCAUUGCCAUUCAAAUGGUGUGCAUGCAUCAUGUGAUUGAUUGUGCAAGGCGGGCCUUACCUGGCCCUCCACCAAUAUUUUAUUCAAGUUGGCACCACUGGUUCGGGUGGUUUCCAAAUUAAAUAAAGACAUAAAUCGCCUUG